AUGCUUUCUCUUGCACGUCUGCUGACUGUUACUGCGGCCGCAACACUGGCUGUUGCGGUGCCAGCACCACGUCAGAUCAAGAAACGAGAUGUUGACUCCACCACCUAUGACAAUCUCUACCUGUUUGCUCAGUACUCUGCAGCUGCGUACUGUACAGUGAACGAUGAUAACAGCGCAGGCGUUGCCAUCUCUUGCUCUGAUGAUGUUUGUCCUGAUGUAGAGUCUGCGACUACUACAACUUUGUACGAAUUUGAUGAAACUAAUGAUUAUGGCGAUGCUACCGGCUACAUUGCCCUCGAUGAGACCAAUGAGCUCAUUGUUCUGGCAUUCCGAGGAAGUGAGGAUAUCGAGAACUGGCUUGCCAACCUGGACUUUACCUUUAAUGAUGAUACUGGCCUUUGUGAUGGCUGUGAGGUGCACAGUGGAUGGUGGUCGUCGUGGCAGACUGUUUCUGAUGAUAUUACAUCUGAGCUUGCGUCUGCAGUGGCCGCAUACCCUGACUAUCAGCUUGUUGUCACCGGUCACAGCUUGGGUGCUGCUCUUGCUGCUCUCUCUGCCACUGACCUGCGUAACUCUGGAUAUACCCUGGAUCUGUACACUUAUGGCCAGCCACGUGUUGGCAAUGUGGCCCUGGCUGACUACAUGACUGACCAGGGUAGCCUCUGGCGAACCACCCACACUGAUGAUGUUGUCCCUCGAGUCCCUCCUGAGAUUCUUGGAUACGCUCACGCUAGCCCUGAGUACUGGAUUACCAGUGCCGACGAUGUGGCUGUGACUGAUGACGAUAUCGAGGAAAUUGUGGGUGUUGACUCCGAUGAUGGCAAUGCUGGCGAGUCGGACUUGAGUAUCUCUGCACACAAGUGGUACUUUGAGGCAAUCACUGCCUGCUCAUCUGCUGCUCGAUGCUUGAACCCCUCCACAAUCAUGUUGUUCGCUCCAAGCGGACCCCAGAGUCCGCGCCGCCGUAAUCGGAUUAAAGCUAUUCUCUGUACCAUGGGAAUAGUUAUCGCACUUUACUUACUCUUCUUCGCCGGGCCUGAAUCCCCGACCAAAUCCGUCAAUCAUGAUCGACCCAGUUAUGCGCAACGCCCAACCCCAAAAGCAAACAUUGACGAGCAGGCUCGUCCUGUGAUUCGCAAAAGAAAGGAUAUGAUCGUUGCUAGUAUGAAGAGUGAUGAUACCUCUUGGCUAGCAGAGUAUUUCCCAGACUGGUCUAGGAGCAUUUACGUGGUGGAUGAUAAAAAGGCGCCGUUGACUGUGAUGAAAAAUAAGGGGCGGGAGUCAAUGGUUUAUUUAACGUACAUUAUUGACAACUAUGAUAACCUCCCCGAUGUCAUGCUAUUUAUCCACUCGACGCGCUACCAAUGGCACAAUGAUGAUCCUUACUACGACGGCGUCCCUAUGCUCCGCAACUUUCAAGUUCCCUAUCUACAGAAAAUGGGAUACGUUAAUCUCCGCUGCGUCUGGAUGUUGGGUUGUCCUGAGGAGAUUCAUCCGUUGUCAGAUACACACCGCGACGAUGUUCACGCAGGUGAAUACUUUUUGAAUGGAUUUUCAGAGUUAUUCCCAGAUGAGCCGAUUCCACGGGUGGUAGGCGUAUCAUGCUGUGCGCAAUUCGGUGUCACCCGCGACAAGGUGCAGCAACGACCGAAGAGCGAUUACGAGCACUUCCGGAAUUGGCUUGCGACCACAACGCUGGGAGAUGAUCUCAGUGGAAGAAUUAUGGAAUACUCGUGGCAUAUGAUUUUCGGACAACCACCUGUUCACUGCCCAAAUGCUGAUGAAUGCUACUGUAAUGUUUUCGGUUUAUGCAAUCUUAACUGUCCAAAUGAUGGCGCAUGCGACAAUCGUUAUGUACUUCCACCUUUCGCCUCGCUACCAAAGGGAUGGCCUUUUGUCGGGUGGAAGGGCCAGGAACAGGACCCAACUCAUGGACUUCCUGAGUCAUGA